UGGCAAUUCUUCUUAUAGCCGGGUUUGCUUUUCGUCUUUCUCCAGCUGUUCGUUGCUCUUCGACUUCGCCUGCUUCGCGAACGAAUCGCUAAAUAACUUCGCCUCCUUCGACGACGUUCCUUCCUGUUGGUUCCGAUGUCACACCUCCUAGAUCGGAAGUAACGACGACGACGACGGGAGCUUGCUCGUUGCGAAGGCCUGGUGGAAAUGAUGCACGUUGGAGAUAAGCUGUGCAGUAGAUCACGUUACUGCCUGAUUGGGUCUGCUUUUGUAGCGAUAUGUUUGUAUUCACCUUUUACUGCUUCAGUGACGGUACCUCUUUCCAACUGUUAUGCCCUUGAUAACAGCAGCCGCCUUGUUGAUUUUACAGAUUGGAUUGGUCAUGUUCUUACACAUGAAGGGCAGGAUGGUGAUUUGGUUGUGCGAUUUUGUAAAGAUGUGGAAUUCCGAUCUCAGAUGGGGUACAUCGAUUUUGGCCGUUUUGGAAUCUCCAACUAUUUUGUAGCUGGCUCAGGAUCUAUAGAUUUUAUUCAGGGAUUUUACAAUGGAGAUCUUAUGAAUUGUGAACACACAUUUGACAAAUUAGGCCGCACAGCUCAGGUAAACAUUAUUUGUGGAAGCUGUUUAAGUGGAGGAUGUAAAGGUGAAUUUGGUUGCAUUUGCAACAUAUCCUAUGAUGCAUCAAAAUGCAGGGUUAUUGUUGAAAUUGCAAUCCCAUGUGCCAAGCGCGAAUCCCGAGUCUUUGAAGGAUUUACUGUCGGUUUUCAUCCUCGGUCAUGGGAAAUAGUUUACAAUGGAUUGACUCAGAUAGGUUUUGAAAAGCCUCAUCCUGAAUUCAGUUUUGGAACUGGCCAGUCUCAAGUACCUCUUUAUUUAACUGCAAUUUCUUCUGUUGCCAGUCUUGUUGGUAAACCAUCUUAUAAGGUUAGCCCAAAGGAAGGGCUAGAGAUUAGAUUGUCAGGCUCAGCAGCAAGCGGUGUAGCCCCUACGACUUUAUCCCCUUCUGUGCUUUUAGUCAAUUGGAGAUGUGAAAGAAUUCAUGAUAGCCCUUAUAAAAUUUACAUCUCAAUCCCGGUUGAUGGUUAUGAUCCGAUUGAGUUCACUCUUACGAAAUUUUGUGGCUAUACACAAGGGAGAGAAGGUGAUUCUUUAAGAGGGUGGGCCACAUUGGGAGUUAUUUCUUGUGUCUUAAUUGUCUUAUCGGUUGUAUCUUGUUGUGGAGGUUUCAUCUAUAAGACUCGCAUAGAACAUCAGCAUGGUCUUUAUGCCUUGCCUGGGAUGACUAUUCUAUCAGCUUGCUUGGAUGCUGUGAGCGGACCAGGAGCCCACCGUCUAAGAGAUGAUUCCAAUGGAAAUUCUGUGACACAAGCAUCAUGGGAACGUGUAUCUACCACUGCUGAAGGAACACGAAGGACCAAUGAAAGAAGAUAUGGGUCGAUAUAGAGAGUAGUGUAGAUUUUGGUACUACUGUUUAUGGAAGGUAUUGAUACCUUUAAUACAAAUAUGUACAUUUUAUCCAGACCUUUUCUUGAUAUUUUUGGCGUCGGUCACUGAUUAGUGCACCCUAAAUCUUGCUUAGUACUUCCACAUCCAUAUAAAUGAAUUUAUUUUAUGAUCUUC